AUGUUUUCAUCCAUAUUUCAAUCAUCUCGAUCGAUUAUAGGAAUAAUAUAUCGUUCAUUUUCAUCCAAACGUAUUCCACGUCGUUCAAUUUCACCACAAUUACUAUUUUAUAAGGAUACAACAUCUGUUUUUGGUCCACAACAAGCAAUUCAUGAAAAGAAAUCUUCAGAAUCAAAUCGAUUGAAUUUAAGUCAUGUAAAUCCAAAGAAAGAAGCAUUCGAAAAUGAUACAGAAUUAUUAUAUGCUAGUACAAAUGGAUUACAUCGUGUUUGUAGUGUUGAAAAAGGUAUUUCUAUAAGAGAACGUCAAAAAUAUUUACGUCAUUUAUUUCGUAUUCCACGUGGUCAACGUUUAUCUUUAUUUCCACAAGCUUAUAUACCGAAUAAAUAUUUAGGCUUACGAAAAAAUAAAAACAAAUAA